AUGGUGCCAGCUGUGUCGCGAGUCCGAGAAGGUCCUCGGUCGAUCGCAGCCGUGGCCUCCAUUUUUCUUGGUGAUGCGAUGGCGAGCCCCGGCGUCACUUUCGUCUUAGCUUCUGGAUUUUGCAGAUUGGAAGCUGGUAGUUCCUUCACUGCUUAG